AUGCGACUUUCCGCCUCGUCCCAACUCCUCGCACUGCUUUGCGCCUCAUCGUCAUCAUCAUGGCUCGCCUUUGCAUAUGAGAAUUACACCACUUCCGAUAUCAUCUCUCCACGCUUCGGGCUACGAAGCGACAAACCGGAAGAUUGUUGCCCAUGCUUCAACUGCCAACUCGAGAAGUACCCGUGCCACCAAUUUGCCGAAUGCAACAAAUACAAUGGCAAAUGUUCGUGCCCUUCUGGGUUUGGGGGAGAUGAUUGUACUGAGCCCUUGUGUGGAGCUCUAUCCGACGGCAAGGAUCGAUUACCCCGUAAAGGGAAAUACUGCAAAUGCAAGGAUGGAUGGGGAGGAAUCAAUUGCAAUGUCUGCGAAACGGAUAAUGCGUGCAAUGCUAUGAUGCCCGAGGGUGAGGGUGGUGUGUGUUAUAAAGAGCCUCUGGUUGUCAAAGAAAACUAUCAGAUAUGCGAUGUCACCAACCGAAAAAUCGUUGACAUGCUGAAGGACCAGAAGCCGGAGGUUACGUUUUCAUGUUCAGCCCAGGACAAGACGUGUAACUUUCAAUUUUGGAUUGAUCAGAAGGAAUCAUUCUAUUGCUCCUUGGACACUUGUAACUGGGACAUGGAAGUUGGGUUCAACAAAAACACAACAAAGUAUGCAUGUGAGCAUAUCAAAUGCAAGUGUGUUCCUGAGCGGAUGCUCUGCCAAAGCGACGGCCUUGAUAUAUCGGACCUACUCAGAGACGAGAUCAAAGGGCCCGCUUCAUUUUCAACAGUUUCAACUCGAGGAGGGAGCGAUAAAGAUGGUAGUCAGUUCCAUGAACCUGCUCUGGAUAAUCUUAUAAGGAAGGUUUUUGGAGAUGAAAGCAUUCUCCUCAGCUGUCGUGCUGGGGAAUGUCUUUAUAAAACUGAAGUGCCUGGUUACGAAGUCCCUGUCAAAAUCAUCAACACCCCAUUAAUCGCUGGUGUUAUUGCAGGCUGCGGCCUGUUCAUCGUUGCUGUUAUUCUGUUCAUAUGGUACCUCUCCAGGAGGAGCACCUACCACAAGUAUGCAGCUAUACAGCUUUCGGACGACUCGGACGACGAAAAUGGAAAGCUGAUGACUGAUCACAAACCCGCGGCGUUACAAUUUGACAACGUUUCGUAUUACCUCAAUGGCAAGGAAAUCCUCUCGAAUAUCAGAGGAAUUUGUCGACCGGGUCAAGUCACUGCUAUUAUGGGUGCUUCUGGUGCCGGGAAGACGACUUUCUUGGAUAUUCUCGCGAGAAAGAACAAACGUGGUAUCAUUCAGGGCGAUUAUUACGUUAACGGAGAGAAGGUGGAUGAUAGUGAGUAUCGAAGCGUUGUAGGGUUCGUGGACCAGGAAGAUACGAUGCUCCCGACCCUCACCGUCCACGAAACUAUUUUGACCAGCGCCCUCCUCAGGCUCCCACGUGGUAUGAGCAGGCCUGUGAAAGAGCAGAGGGUAUUUGAGGUAGAAAAGCAGCUGGGAAUUUACCAUAUCAGAGACCAAAUUAUCGGCUCCGAAGAAGGCAAAGGCCGCGGAAUAUCAGGAGGAGAAAAGAAGCGCGUUAGCAUUGCCUGCGAGCUUGUUACAAGUCCAAGCAUAUUGUUCCUUGAUGAACCCACGAGCGGCUUACUGAUUUUACUGGCGAAAGGGAAAACCGUCUAUUCAGGCUCAUUCUUAGAUUGUCAGCCUUAUUUUGACCAUAUCGGAUAUACCUGCCCUCCUGGCUUCAACAUCGCUGAUUACUUGGUGGACCUCACCAUGCAUGCUAGCACUACACGCUCUCCGGAAGAGCCUUUGCUCAACGUUGACGUACAGGCAAACUACUCGAAAACACCCUCAAGCAGCCUCAGAGCGGUAAAAUCCGUUGCUAGUGCUUCAAACGCAAGCUUUGAAAAUAGUGGUGAAAGCGCUCAAGAUUCUACAGCCCCAGCAAAGCCAAAACGUCGGCAAUCGCUUAGACAACGUCAAGAAAGACAGCUUUAUACUAGAAAAAGAACCUCAGGGAUGGAAUCACCUUCAACGUCUCGAACUGAUGAGGAUGUUGUUGGAAGUCUUAGUUCCAGCACUGAACAAUGGCUUCGUCUCUCUCGCCAACAGGGGAGUGUGCCUCCACAGGUGAUGGAUGAUCCUGAUCAUCUUCCCCCCAUUGCCUCAGGCUAUAUUACCGAUCUUGAUAUUAUGAUCACGAGCUAUGCGUCCUCCAACGUUGCUGCAUCAAUACACGAGGAAAUUGUUUCCGCGGUAGAAGGCGCUCGACAAGCAAAUGGGAACCCUAAUUUUCGAACGCAACAGGAUUUUGGCGGCUUACAUGGCCAUAUGACGGGUCACGCCCGAGUUGGUCUAAUCCGUCAAUUUAUUAUUCUUUCGCAACGUACAUGGAAAAAUUUAUAUCGUAAUCCGAUGCUCAUGCUCACCCACUAUGCUACCGCCAUCCUAUUGGCAGUACUUUCUGGCUACCUCUUUUAUGGACUCACAGAUGACAUCAAAGGUUUCCAGAAUCGACUGGGACUCUUCUUCUUCUUGCUAGCGCUGUUUGGGUUCAGCACCCUCACCAGUCUAACUGUUUUCUCCUCCGAACGCCUGCUUUUUAUGAGAGAACGUGCAAAUGGCUAUUAUUCUCCGCUCACAUAUUUCUGCGCCAAAGUCAUUUUUGACAUAAUCCCCUUGAGGUUGAUCCCGCCCAUCAUCAUGGGUGUCAUUGUCUAUCCGAUGGUCGGAUUGAUCGCUGACUGGCCAGAAUUUCUCAAAUUCAUGCUAGUCCUCGUUUUAUUCAACCUGGCAGCUGCUGGUAUCUGCUUGUUCAUCGGAAUCGUUUUUCGGGAUGGAGGAGUAGCAAACCUGAUCGGUAGUCUGGUCAUGCUGUUCAGCCUUCUAUUCGCUGGGCUUCUUCUUAAUCACGACGCGAUCCCCAAGUCAGCAUUAUGGUUGCAAAGUUUAUCCAUAUUCCAUUACGGCUUUGAAGCGUUGAUCGUGAACGAAGUGACCUAUCUCACUCUCAUCGACCACAAAUAUGGACUUGACAUUGAAGUCCCUGGAGCCUCUAUUCUUAGUGCAUUCGGCUUCGAUACUCUCGCAUAUGUCCGUGACGUGAUCGGCCUGGCUGUGUUUUCAGGGGCGUUCCUCGUACUUGCCUACGGCGCUAUGCACUUCUUGCUUGUUGAGAGGAGAUGA